AUGGAGGAACUCAUUGAUGACCGCCGGAGAGAAAAUGUAUUCCUGAUCUCGAAUCAGAAGCUUCACGCUCUCAUCUCUAGUCUCUGCCGCUUACAAGCAGCCAAGGUCCUCUAUUUAUCCUCAAUAGACGAACCGCCAAACCCUACAAGGUUGUGUCUUGGUGAUUACUCCAAAUCUCCAAAGGAAUAUUUCCUUUCCUUAUUUUUCUCUAAGAAUAGGAAAUAUCCCUUUUGUCUUGAUAAUUCCAAAUCUCCUCAUCCAGCUCAGCUACCGCCUCUUCUGGAUUCGUCCUUAACCGCUACAAGCUCGCAUCCAGCUCAGCAUCAAUCCUUUAGCUCCGUUAAGCUCCACUUAGCUCCACUACAUGUCCGUCCAUACGUCCUGAUGCACUUUUUGACUGAUUCACGAUCUGCGUCAAACCAGUUGCAUCUUCAUGUUUAUGGGUCAAUAUGCGUCAUCAGUCGUCGUAGCUAUUGA